AUGCCAAAGAGUGACACAUGGCCUGGUGGCGUCGCCAUAGGGACGAUCACUGGCAUGGACAGUGCAGGCAGCUGUGACAGUGUUGUCAGAAUGAACUCUGGAUUUAGUGACAAUAGCCUCAAGCACCUGUCUGCUGAGGAGAGGGCAUGUCUCAUGUUCUUGGAGGAGACCAUAGAGUCCCUAGAGACUGAGGAGGACAAUGGACUGUCCAAUGAUGAGCCUGACUGCCUGCCCACCACCGGCAACGUGGCCACCAAGAUGGCCCACCUCUCUGCCUCCAUGGGCCAAAACAAGCUCAACAAUGUAUCAAAAUAUCCCAGUGAUGAGUACGGUUACCUGGUUCCUACUCCGUUCAUCCUGGCCAACAGCACCUCCUGCAUCCUGUCCAAGCCCAAGCCAGGAAUACCCCCAAAUAAUGAGAACUCUCACCCAAAGCCCCAGGUCACUGCCUUGGACAACACGCCAUCUCAGAGCCAUCACCCUUAUGUACCCCCUGAGGUCAAUGUUGUGGUGAUACCCCCUCCAUCAAAGCCCAAAGACUACCCUUGUCAGAGACCACCCCCUUCACCCAGGGGCCCUCUGUCCUAUGAGACCCUAGUGCAGCUGAGGAAGAGUGCGUCCAUGAAGAGAACCCUUCAAAGGUCCACAGCUGAGACCAGAGACUGGAACAGGCAGCCCUCUUCAUCAGCCGUUCCCAUUGACCUGCACCAUGGGAGCACACCCAGAGACCCCUCAGUCACCCCAGCCCAGGUCACACUCCUCCAAGAGCCCAGCAAGCAGAAUGACAGUCCUCCAGUAGUGUUCCCAAAACCCCCCAAAAUACCCUCCCACAUUGCCCUGAAUACCCAAAAGGGUACAGCCAACCCCACCACAGACUCCAGUGCCCCUUCCUUGAGCUCAUCACCCACUGACAGGCAUUUGUCGGACCCCCAAAAGGUGAGAAAGGAGGCCCUGCAGAAGCUGGGGCUCCUGAGCGACAAUAAUGAGUCCCAACCUAAGUCUGUUACGCCACUGUGCUCCUCCAAAUUGCACUCCACCUGUGACCUAACUUCAGCCAGUGUGGAAGUUAAAUCUCAACCCCACGGUAACUCAACAAGAAGCCAGCCCUCAUACACCUCCCAAGGACCCAGAGAACCUAGCAGCAGGCCGGUACAAAGCAGCAGCUUCCUCCAUCGCUCUAGGAGUGAGGAGCAGCCCCCCAUACCGCCCUCACACCUGACCAAACCCAGUGGGGUCAAAGCUGCCACCCUAGAGCGUUCUGGGGUGGGGCUUGGGACCUACGUGGCCGACCACCGGAAACCUCCCCAGGAUGGACGUUGCACCCCACCUGCUCCCAUCAAAGCCCCAGAGCAGGAGAAAACAACCCUCGCUGCCCAGCCAGUGUCCACUCACAAGACCCCGCACUGCCCGGGCUUCAGUGUGGUGAUGGUGCCCAGCAUGGGAGAAGACAGACGAGAGGCUCUUAGGAAGCUGGGGCUGCUGAAAGACUAG